GCCGCGCUCAGGUGUCGGCGGAGUUAGUGACGGUGCUGGGGCGGAACUUGCCUGCGUCUGCGCAUCUGGGGAGUCUUAGACGAGGUGCCUCGCUGUCCCGAGUGGGGACAGGCCUGUGCAGUCGGAAUCGCGGUUGCCCGGUACUUCCUCACUUGUGUGCCCACGGGCAGUUGGCAGCCUCUCCGCGGGUGAGCUUCUCAUCCAGUGGGGACAUCCGGCUCUGCUGUCACGGGAUUGGUGUGAAACUCAGAGGAGAGAGUGUAAAAGCCGCUUCAUGAGUUUUGUUUCGUUUUAUUUCAGAAAUGUUCCUUUCGGGCCAGAGUCCGGGUAUAUAUGAAUGCAAAUCUCACCUGUUUGCAAAUAAGCCCAGGACUCUCGACUGAGAAGAUCACUUCUCUGUAGGCCGUUAGUCCAGAUAUCUUCUUUUCUGGAUAUAGGUACAGAAUGAGCACGUGUUGUUGGUGUACGCCUGGUGGUAUUUCCACCAUUGAUUUCCUAAAGCGCUAUGCAUCCAAAGCCCACUCCAUUGAAUUUCAAACAGCUGAUGAAGACCUUUGCUACUGCUUAGAGUGUGUGGCUGAAUAUCACAAAGCAAGAGAUGAAUUGCCAUUCUUGCAUGAGGUUUUAUGGGAGUUAGAAACCUUACGUCUCGUAAAUCACUUUGAAAAAUCCAUGAAGGCGGAAAUUGGAGAUGAUGAUGAAUUAUAUAUAGUAGACAACAAUGGAGAGGCACAACUAUUUGACUUUACCGGCCAAGACUUUGAAAAUAAACUUCGAGUUCCUCUUCUCGAAAUACUGAAAUAUCCUUAUCUGCUUUUACAUGAACGUGUUAAUGAAUUAUGUGUUGAAGCACUUUGUCGGAUGGAACAAGCUAAUUGCUCCUUUCAGGUUUUUGACAAACAUCCAGGCAUCUAUUUGUUUUUGGUCCAUCCCAAUGAAAUGGUUCGGCGUUGGGCUAUUCUGACUGCAAGGAACUUGGGAAAAGUGGACAGAGAUGAUUAUUAUGACUUACAGGAGGUUUUGACUUGCCUUUUUAAAGUCAUCGAGUUGGGGCUUUUAGAAAGUCCAGACAUUUAUACUUGUUCUGUCCUUGAAAAGGGUAAACUGAUUCUUCUCCCCUCGCACAUGUAUGAUACUACCAACUACAAAAACUAUUGGUUAGGUAUUUGCAUGUUGCUGACCAUUCUUGAGGAGCAAGCCAUGGAUUCACUGUUGCUGGGCUCAGACAAACAAAAUGAUUUUAUGCAAUCAAUACUUCACACCAUGGAGAGACAGUCAGAUGAUGAUAGUGUGGAUCCUUUCUGGCCAGCAUUACACUGUUUCAUGGUGAUUCUGGAUCGCCUUGGAUCUAAGGUCUGGGGUCAACUUAUUGAUCCUAUUGAGGCAUUUCAAACUAUUAUCAACAACGUGAGCUACAAUAGAGAGAUUCAGAAUAUACGGAACAGCUGUGUAAGGACCAAGUUAGAACCGGAGUUAUAUUUGAAUGAUACGGGGACUUGCAGCCAGAUUGUAUACAAUUAUAAUCCUGAAAAGAACAAAAAGGAUUCAGGGUGGAGGUCAGCCAUUUGCCCGGAUUAUUGUCCUAACAUGUAUGAAGAAAUGGAAACAUUAUCCACCGUUCUUCAGUCCGAUAUUGGUCAAGACAUGCGUGUUCAUAACAGCACAUUUCUGUGGUUCAUCCCUUUUGUUCAGUCCCUCAUGGAUCUUAAGGAUUUGGGUGUGGCUUAUAUAGUAGAGGUUAUUCAUCACCUGCACUCCGAAGUCAAAGAUGUCCUCAACCGAGCAGAUAGUGUGUGUGACCAAGUUACUGAAUUGUGUGUGUGUGACAAAGUUACUGAAUUUUUUCUUCUAAUUUUGGUGUCAGUGAUUGAACUGCAUAGAAAUAAAAAAUGUUUGCAUUUGCUGUGGGUUAGUUCCCAGCAGUGGGUUGAAGCCGUUGUAAAAUGUGCCAAACUUCCUACCACUGCAUUUGCACGAAGUUCUGAGAAAUCAUCUGGAAAUUGCUCCAAAGGAACGUCAGUGAUGUCAUCUCUGUCAUUGCAUUCAGUGCCAUCUAACUCUGUACAACAUGCUUGUGUGCAACUGAUUAGAAGUCUCCUUAAAGAAGGUUAUCAGCUUGGGCAGCAAACUCUUUGUAAACAAUUCUGGGAUAAGCUCAAUUUAUUCCUGCGAGGAAAUUUAUCUCUAGGUUGGCGGUUGACUAGUCAGGAAACCCAUGAGUUACAAACUUGUUUAAAGCAAAUUAUUAGAAACAUAAAAUUCAAAGUACCUCUGUGUAGCACUUCUGUGGAUCUGACUCCUACGUGUAAAACGCCUCCUGUAUCUUAUAUUAAAGAAGAAAAUGAACAAAUAGGAAAGAAGUCUAAAAAAGACAUGCACUCUCUGGAAAAUUCCAGCCCAACAUUUCCUAAAGAGCCAGUGAAAGCUGAUGCAUAUCAAGUGCAAGAGAGUAUAUUGUUCAAAGCAAGUAACACUGUAGAGGAUAAUGAGCAAAAUGAUAUAAAAGACAUCAAACUGGAAAACCAUCUCUCACCUGAGUCAUGCUUAAAGCAGAGUAGUAAAAACCUUUUCACUGAGAGAGCUCAAGAUGAAGUUAAAAGUACAAGGAAGCAGAAGUCUGUAAAAGAGAAUUCCUCACAUACACCACAGAAUUGCACUUUAAAGGAUGAUGCUCUUGGUCAAACUUCAAAAACUAAGGCACAGAAAGAUGAAAUCUGUGCUAAGUUAUCACAUGUAAUAAAGAAGCAACACAGGAAAAGUACUUUGGUCAAUAAUGCUGUCAAUUUAGAGGAAAACCUGACUGGGUCUAACAUUGAGAGUUUCUUUUUAAGGAAAGAUAGAGGAAGUCAGAAAGGGGAUGGCUUUAUACACAAUAUCUCUUUAGACCCUAAUGGUAUUUUGGAUGAUAAAAAUGGGGAACAAAAAUCACAAAGCAGUUUAUUACUGAAAAAGAAACGAAUAAAAAAUGAAGAGUUAGAUAUUUUCUCUUCCCAUGAAAACAGUUGUCAAAUACAAGAAUGUCAUGUUGAUGAUAAAGAUUUGGUCUCAUUUACAGAAGUGACCAAUACUUUCAUGAAGAAAACAUCUCCCUUUAAAGAUCCCAUGACUGUACUUGAAUCAAGAGAUAAGGAAAUUAGCAAGAGUACUGAUCAGGUUUCUUCUCAUUUGAGAGAACAGGCAUCUUGCAUCAGUCCGAAGUCUGACACUUUAACAGAUUCUCAGAUAGACAGAGAUCUCCACAAAUUGUCUUUAAUAGCUCAAGCCAGUGUUAUUAAGUUUCCAUCAGAUUCAGCUCAAAAAAGCUCAUCCCAGCUACAAAGAAAAGUAAAAGAUGAUAAGAGAUGUUUCAAAGCUAACCAGAAUAAUGUUGGGGAAACCUGUCGUGGACAGGUGAUUAUUAUUUCAGAUUCUGAUGAUGAUGAUGAUGAAAGAAUUCUGGGUUUUGAGAAGCACAUUAAACAAGAUAAAAUAUGUGUUGAGAAAGAAUGUCCAGGGCAGCAUACAUCAGUAGUUAAUACAAAUGUGGAAAAGAAGCUAAUAAAGGAAGAAGAGACAAAGUCCCUUUUGCAGUUUGAGGAAUCUGAUUCUCAGUUUUUUGAGUUUGAAAGUCCAUGCGAAGUGUUUUCAGUUUGGCAAGAUCAGAUGCCAGACAACAAGAAUUCAGUUCAAGAGGAUGAAAAAAAUUCAUGCUUGACUCCUAUAGCUGAUAUCACAAAUGAUUGGGGUUAUGAUACAGAUUAUGUAUCUGAAGCAGUUAUUAAACAAGUAUCAGAGGGCAUUGAAGAACACACAGAACCACAGACUAGUAGUAUUUCUGUUGAGGAGUUUUGUGAAAUUGAAGUAAAAAAACCUAAGAGAAAACGAAUUGAAAAACUUAAGGCUGAAGAUCCUUUAAGGUGUUCAUCUUCUGUCAGAAAUGAACACCAGUCUGAUAAUGAGAGAGAUCUGAUUGAAAAUGAUUCUAAAAGUACAGCCAUAAAGACUACAACUCCCAAUUCAAGUAUUCAGAGAGCUGCUACAGUUUCCCUAAAGAAGUCUUCUCCAAAGCCUCAUACUUAUUCCAACCCUGUCAGGAAAGUCCCGCGUUCUAAAACCCCUAAGAGAACACAUUCAGAUACCAAAAAAGGGCAGAAUAAAAGUUCAAAUUACAUAAGUUGUAGGACAACUCCUGCUAUAGUACCACCAAAGAAAUUUCGCCAGUGUCCUGAACCAACUUUAAAGGCUGAGAAACUUGGUCUGAAAAAGGCUCCUCGUAAGGCGUUUGAGCUGUCUCAGCGAUCUUUAGAUUGUUUAGCUGAAUUACGUCACCAUGGCAAAACUGUUGGAGUAGUUGAUACCCAAAAAAAGACUAAAUUAAUUUCUCAGACUUCUGUCAAAAAUAAUAAGAAAUUGCUUAUGAAUCAAGAUCUUCAGUUGCAAAGGCACAUGAGAUCCAAAUCACAACAAAAUAAACAAAGACGUUUAGAAUAUGAAAGUACAGAUACCACAACAGCAGGGCCACAUGCAGCACGGAAUUCUGACAUAUUUGUACCAGAACCAGAUAGGUCACGUAAUAGAGGAGGAACUGAGGUAAUUGCUGACAGUGAUGGAAAACAAUUAAAAAAAUGUGCAUCUUCUGAACUAGAACCCAUGAAAGCAACAUAUGUUUCUCGGGUGACUGAUGACACUUGUCUUUUGAACCAGUGUAAUUCUGUAGUGUUAAAUGGAAGAAUACCAACAAAUGAAAUAAUUGUCUCUACUUCAGAGGACCUUCUAGGUGGAAGUGACCUAACAGUACAUCGUUUAGAGCUGGCAACUUUGAAAGAGCAAGAGCCUGAAUCCAAUAGUGAUAUGGAGGAAGAUAAUAUAUUUUUAACACAACAUGAUCCUGAAGAUAUGGAUUUAUGUUCACAAAUGGAGAAUGAUAAUGAUAAACUCCUUGAGGUAGUUCAUGGAAAACAUGCUGUUCAGGUAGAAGAUGAUUCUAUAAGUCGACCUCAAUUGGAAUCCUUGAGUAGCACAAAAUGUAAAUACAAAGAUUGUGUUGAAACUAUGAAAAACCAGGGUGAGUACUGCUCAAAACACUCUGAAGUUAAAGCAGCGGAUGAAGAUGUAUUUCGUAAACCUAGCUUGCCUGUUUCUUCAUCUAAACGUUCGAGACCUUCCACUGCUAAGAUUUUUAGCUCACGUAGUACUUCACGAAUUGCUAAUCUUUCCAAGUCUUUGGAAAAUACCUCAGCACUUCUACCAGUUCUAAAAAAUAAGUCAAAUGUACAAUCUAUUUUUAAAGCACCACAGCCAGUCUCUCUGGUGUCUCAAAAGCCGAUGGGUGAAGUGAAGAGUUUUUGCAAUGUUCUUCAUUCUCAGACUCCAAAUAAUUCCAACAGACAAGGUUACAAACUUCCCUUUGGUGAAAACAAAUCUUUUUUGACUUCCUCUCCAGUAAACAUUGUCUUGUCAUCACAGUCUAUCUCUGACACCUUUGUUAAAGAGGUGUUAAAAUGGAAAUACGAAAUGUUUGUGAAGUUUGAUCAGUCUGGGCCCCCAGCAAGUCUGAGUCAGUCCAUCUCAAGACCUGUGCCUGUCAAAUUUCAAGAUUGUGGAGAAUAUUUUAAUGUUUUUUUCCCUUUGAUGAUAUUGAAUACUUUUGAAACAGUGGCACAAGAAUGGAUCAGCUCUCCAAAUAAAGAAAAAUUCUGUCAGUUACAUUUACGAAAAUUUCCUGCUGAGUAUAAAAAAUACUGGGAGUUUGUAGUUUAUCUUGAGGAAUGUGAACUAGCUAAACAGCUUCAUCCAAAGGAAAAUGAUUUGGUGUUUUUGGUUCCUGAAAGACUAAAUGGAGAGAAGAAAGAUAGAGAGAGAAAUUGCAUGCAGGAUCCUCCUGAAUAUCAUUGUGGUUAUGUUCAUAAAUUUCGCCGCACUUCAGUCAUGCGUAAUGGGAAAUCUGAGUGUUCCCUUUCCAUCCAGACUCAAGAUAAUUUGCCAGUCAAUUUAAAUGAACCCGUGAAAUGUAUUGUAAUCAGUUCUCUGGUAACUACACAAAGGAAGUUGAAGGCCAUGUCUUUGCUGAGUGGUCGGAACCAACUAGCCAGAGCUGUUCUGAAUCCAAACCCCAUGGACUUCUGUACAAAAGAUUUACUUACUACAACAUCUGACCGAAUUAUUGCCUACUUAAGAGAUUUCAACGAAGACCAAAAGAAAGCGAUAGAAACUGCAUAUGCGAUGGUGAAACACUCCCCAUCAGUUGCCAAGAUCUGUCUGAUUCAUGGACCACCUGGAACAGGAAAAUCAAAAACUAUUGUUGGCCUCCUAUAUCGCCUACUGACAGAGAACCAGAAGAAAGGGCACUCAGAUGAGAACUCCAAUGCCAAAAUCAAACAGAACCGUGUUCUUGUGUGUGCACCGUCCAAUGCAGCUGUUGAUGAACUUAUGAAGAAAAUUAUCCUUGAAUUCAAAGAAAAAUGUAAAGACAAGAAGAAUCCUCUGGGGAACUGUGGAGAUAUAAAUUUAGUACGUCUGGGUCCAGAAAAGUCUAUUAAUAAUGAGGUCCUAAAAUUCAGUUUGGACAGCCAAGUUAACCACAGAAUGAAAAAAGAAUUACCUUCUCAUGUUCAAGACAUGCAUAAAAUAAAGGAACUUCUAGAUCAUAGACUAGAUGAACUUUCUCGCCAGCGUGCUUUAUGCCGAGGUGGAAGGGAAAUACAGAGGAAAGAAUUAGAUGAACAAAUUGCCAAAGUUUCAAAAGAAAGGCAGGAACUUGCUUCUAAAAUUAAAGAGGUUCAAGGACGCCCACAAAAGACACAGAAUAUCAUCAUCCUAGAGUCCCAUGUCAUCUGCUGCACAUUGAGCACAAGUGGUGGUUUACUGCUUGAGUCUGCUUUUCGUGGGCAAGGGGGUGUUCCCUUUAGUUGUGUCAUUGUCGAUGAGGCUGGACAGUCUUGUGAAGUCGAAACUCUGACUCCACUUAUCCAUCGUUGUAACAAGCUUAUCCUCGUGGGAGAUCCUAAACAGCUCCCUCCCACAGUCAUUUCUAUGAAGGCACAGGAUUAUGGCUAUGACCAAUCCAUGAUGGCCCGCUUCUGCAAACUGCUGGAAGAGAAUGUGGAACACAAUGUGAUCAGCAGACUGCCGAUUUUGCAGCUUACCAUUCAGUACAGGAUGCAUCCAGACAUAUGUCUCUUCCCUUCUAAUUAUGUUUAUAACAGAAGCUUGAGAACAAAUAGACUGACGGAGACUAGUCGGUGUUCAUCUGACUGGCCGUUUCAACCCUAUCUUGUGUUUGAUGUCGCAGACGGUUCAGAAAGACGAGAUAAUGACUCAUAUGUAAAUGUUCAAGAAAUAAAACUGGUAAUGGAAAUAAUUAAACUUAUUAAAGACAAAAGAAGAGAUGUUACUUUCCGAAACAUUGGCAUAAUAACCCAUUACAAAGCUCAGAAGACGAUGAUUCAGAAAGAUUUGGACAAAGAGUUUGACAGAAAAGGGCCAGCAGAAGUAGAUACUGUGGAUGCAUUCCAGGGUCGUCAGAAAGACUGUGUUAUUGUUACAUGUGUCAGAGCAAAUGCCAUGCAAGGCUCAAUCGGAUUUCUGGCAAGUUUGCAGAGAUUGAAUGUCACCAUUACACGAGCCAAGUACAGCCUCUUCAUCCUCGGACAUUUGAGGACCCUGAUGGAAAAUCAGCAUUGGAAUCAGCUGAUUCAGGAUGCUCAGAAGCGUGGUGCAAUUAUUAAGACCUGCGACAAAAACUAUAAACAUGAUGCACUGAAGAUUCUGAAACUGAAGCCUGUACUACAGAGAAGUCUGACUCACCCUCCGACCACAGCUCCAGAGGUGUCCAGACCCCAGGGCGGCUUGCCCAGCAACAAGCUCGACAGUGAAUUUGCCAAGACAUCUUUUGCUUCUUCACUGUACCACACACCCUCUGACUCAAAGGAAGCUACUGUUACUGCAAAGGACUCUGAAAGGCCUCCUGGGCAGGACUGGCUUCGGGACCCACGGCUGCUUAGGAGGAUGGGCAUGAUCCCUGAAGCCAAAGGGAAGUGCCUGAUGGAUCCACAGCCCCUGAGCCCCCAGCAUCCUGGAGCAACACUUCCCUUGGGAGAGCCAGGCUUCCCUGUGAGUCACCAGGAUCUGGGUAGCGUUGUGCAGCAGUCGACCACCAAAGGAGCCACUCCCAGCAACCACAGACCUCACGUGCCGUGUGAACCUCCAGCUGCUAGUGCUGAUGCUUCCACAAGAAAAAGAAAAUGUGACCAGGAAGAGGGGCUCAGCCACAGAAGAGAGACCAGGGCUUUUAGUGAAGGGGACCAGGAGAGGCAUAGCUCUGUGAGCCAUCAUACAAAGAGGAACUCUGCCUGGGACAAGGAUAAAGGAGGACAGUAGUUCAAAGAAAAGAAAGGUUUUAUAGUAAAGCCAAAUGACCUAGACUGUCAGCCGCAAGCAUUAUUGCAAACUUAAGAUGACCGAGUAUUUAGUUAUGAUUAUUUUUUCCUUUCAAGAAGUUUGUGUGCUGUUGGAAAACAUGGAAAAUGUAUCCUAACACCUGAACCUCUUGGUCAUCUUUAGUACUUUUUGUUGGUUGCAGAGGCUUUCAGAGGGCAUUUGUGUAUCAGUAAUAAUGUCCUUGAAGUCAGAGACUUGAAGUGUUGACCUCUGGUUCCUGUAUAGGAAAGGUCAGACUGGAGUGAAUGUUGUAAAAGUUGAAAAGUAUAUUUGUAUAGCAAAUAACAAAAUCCUUUUAAAAUUUAA